CUCCCUCCGCGGUCCCUGCUCCCGGCCGCGACGCAGCCCCCGCCUGCUCUCUCCUGCAGCCUGGCAGGCUCCUUCGCGCCGCACGUGGGCGCGCCGCCUAGAAGGGCCGCUGCCGCUGAUACUUUCUCUACUGUGAGAAUGUAAGAUGGAUCCAGAAGAGCAGGAGCUAUUAAAUGAUUACAGAUACAGAAGUUAUUCUUCAGUAAUUGAAAAAGCUUUAAGAAAUUUCGAGUCCUCAAGUGAAUGGGCGGAUCUCAUCUCUUCCCUUGGCAAGCUCAAUAAGGCCCUUCAGAGUAACCUGAGGUAUUCCUUGUUGCCAAGACGGCUCAUUAUCAGCAAGAGAUUAGCUCAAUGUUUGCAUCCUGCCCUGCCCAGUGGUGUGCACUUGAAAGCCUUGGAAACCUACGAAAUUAUCUUUAAAAUUGUGGGGACCAAAUGGCUGGCCAAGGACUUGUUCCUGUACAGCUGCGGGUUGUUUCCUCUGCUGGCAAACGCGGCGAUGUCGGUGAGGCCCGUGCUGCUUGGCCUGUAUGAGAAGUACUUCCUCCCGCUGCAGAAGCUGCUCCUGCCCAGCCUGCAGGCCUUCCUCGUCGGCCUGCUGCCUGGCCUAGAGGAGGGCUCUGAGAUCUACGACAGAACCGACGCCCUGCUCCUGAGACUGUCCUUGGUGGUCGGCAAGGAGGUGUUUUACACUGCACUCUGGGGGAGCGUCCUGGCCAGCCCGUCCAUCCGCCUUCCUGCCUCGCUGUUCGUGGUGGGCCACAUCAGCAGGGACCUGCCUGGCAAGGAGCAGGCGUACGUGCUGGGGACGGAUCACCAGCUGACGGUAAAAUCAUUAUGUGCAUCACUGUUGGAUUCAAAUGUUCUUGUGCAAAGAAACAAUCUGGAAAUUGUUCUGUUUUUCUUCCCAUUUUAUACCUGUCUGGACUCCAACGAGAGAACCAUCCCCUUGCUCAGAUCUGACAUCGUGCACAUUCUCUCAGCCGCCACCCAGACCCUGCUGAGAAGGGACAUGUCUCUGAACAGAAGACUCUAUGCGUGGUUACUAGGCUCAGACAUUAAAGGAAAUACCGUCGUUCCAGAAUCCGAAAUCUCAAAUUCUUAUGAAGAUCAAUCCUCUUAUUUUUUUGAAAAAUACUCCAAGGAUCUUUUAGUCGAGGGUCUGGCUGAGAUACUCCAUCAGAAGUUCUCAGACGCUGACGUCGAGGAACGUCACCACACGUACCUGAAGCCCUUCCGCAUCCUCGUCAGUCUACUUGACAAGCCAGAAAUAGGGCCUCAAGUGGUUGAGAAUUUGUUUCUUGAAGUCAUCAGGGCCUUUUACUCUUACUGUAGAGAUGCCCUUGGCUCUGACCUUAAACUUAGCUACACUCAGAGUGGAAAUUCGCUGAUAAGUACAAUCAAAGAAAACAGAAAUGCCUCUGAGAUUGUUAAGACGGUGAAUUUGCUCAUCACUUCUCUAAGCACAGACUUUCUCUGGGAUUACAUGACAAGGUGUUUCGAGGAGUGCUUCAGAGCAGGGAAGCAGAGUUCUGCUGCCGGGAGGAGCCUCAGCCCCCCUCCCACCAUCUCGGAGCUCUGCACUCUCCUGGUGUUCCUCUUGGAUGUCAUUCCCUUGGAGCUUUACUCCGAGGUGCAGACCCAAUACCUCCCACAGGUGCUCAGCUGCCUGGUGCAGCCACUUGCUGAGGACAUGGAGGCCUUGAGCUUACCUGAGCUCACACACGCCCUGAAGACAUGCUUCAAGGUGCUCAGCAAAGUCCAGAUGCCACCUUCCUACCUAGAUGCAGAGGCCACCAGUGGGAGCUCGAGUCCAGUAAAAGGUGGAAACGGCGACAUAGUUUUGGAAACAAAGGUGGUGAUCCCAGGUGAUGAAGACGCUUUAUUUCCGCCCCUGAAAUCCGAGGACAGUGGGAUUGGGCUCAGUGCCUCAUCACCGGAGCUCUCUGAGCACUUGAAGGUCCCUCGGGUUUCCCCUGAUAGAGACGACGUCUGGAAGAAGGGAGGGAGAAUGCAGAGGACGUUUCUUUGCAUCCAAGAGCUAAUUGCCACUUUUGCCAGCAAGAACAUUUUUGGGGUACAGCUGAUGGCAUCUGGAGAAGAAAGCAAGUCUGAGGAGCCCACAGGGAAGAAAGACAAGGGUGAGGCCCAGAUCCCAUUGAUUAACAACACCAGCGGGAAGAACUCGUGGGAGGCCAAGCCCAUCACUGUGCCCCAGUUCAAGCAGUUGCUUUCAGACUUGUUCACAGCACGAGGGUCCCCAUUUAAGACCAAGAGUUUGGAGUCACCGUCCUCUUUGCCCAGUAGCCCUAGCAGGAAGAAGGAGGGGGAGUGGGAUGUCGACCAGGUAGUCAUCGACCUGGGGGGCUCUGGGGAGGACUGCAGGGAGGCCUUCGCUGCUGCCUGCCACUUGCUGCUGGAUUGUGCCACCUUCCCUGUCUACCUGUCUGAGGAGGAGACCGAGGAGCUAUGUGACACACUCUUCCAGCUUCCAGGAGCCAGCGAUUCCAGCUUUCCGUCCUGGCUGAGAUCGCUCAUGACCAUUUGCUGCUGUGUGACCGACUGCUCCCUGCAGAAUGUGGCCAUCUCCACGCUGCUGGAGGUGAUCAACCACUCCCAGUCCCUAGCGCUCGUCAUCGAAGACAAGAUGAAGCGCUAUAAAAGCUCCGGACACAACCCAUUUUUUGGCAAGCUGCAGAUGGUGACGGUUCCUCCCAUUGCACCAGGGAUAUUGAAAAUCAUUGCAGAGAAAACAGACUUCUAUCAGAGGGUGGCUCGUGUGCUUUGGAAUCAGCUGAACAAGGAGACCCGGGAACACCAUAUCACCUGCGUGGAAUUAUUCUACCGGCUACACUGCCUGGCUCCCACAGCCAAUAUCUGUGAGGACAUCAUCUGCCAUGCCCUCCUGGACCCUGACAAGGGGACAAGGCUGGAAGCUCUGUUUCGGUUUUCUGUGAUCUGGCACCUGACACGAGAGAUCCAAGGCAGCCGAGUCACCUCUCACAACCGCUCCUUCGACAGGUCCUUGUUCGUCGUGCUGGACAGUUUGGCCUGCACAGAUGGCGCCAUCAGCGCAGCAGCCCAGGGCUGGUGCGUGCGUGCCCUCUCCCUUGGGGAUGUGGCGCGCAUCCUCGAGCCUGUGCUCCUGCUCCUCCUGCAGCCCAAGACCCAGAGGACCUCCAUUCACUGCCUCAAACAGGAGAACUCAGCGGAGGACUUGCAUCGUUGGUUUAACAGGAAGAAAAGCUCCUUCAAAGAGGCAUGUGGAGUACCCGAGCUACAGGAAGAUGGCUUCGAGGACCAUCUGCCUCUGAGCCAGUUCACAACAGUCGACCGUGAAGCCAUCUGGGCCGAGGUGGAGAAGGAACCAGAGAAGUGCCCCCCAAGAAGUGCAUUAAGUGAGGAGGACCUACCCUACUAUGUGGACCUUCCCGAUAGGAUGGCCCGGGACACUGUGGACAGCAGUGAGCACACCGAGUCCGCAGACACGAGCUUCGGCCACACGGAUAGCGAGAACACAUCCUCCUUCUCCACCCCAUCCCACGGCCCGCAGGAGCUGAGCAACAUGGACAACUGCUGUGCGCCCAUCCCCAUGGGAGGCAGGCUGCACCCCAAGCGCUCAGCCUUUCUGACGACCUUCCAGUCUGAAAACUUCAAGCCCACUGCCAAGUUAGGCUUGGUGCGGGUGGACUCAGACAGGACCCAGGCUUCAGAGUCAUUGUCCAGUGAUGAGGAGGCUGACCUGGAGCUACAGGCCCUCACUACAUCCAGACUGCUAAAGCAGCAGAAGGAGAGGCAGGAAGCUCUAGAGGCAUUGUUCAAGCACAUUCUGCUUUAUCUGCAGCCCUAUGACUCCCGCCGUGUCCUCUACGCCUUCUCCGUCCUAGAGGCUGUCCUCAAAACCAACCCAAAGGAGUUCAUAGAGGCAGUGUCCAGGACCAGCAUGGACACCAGCUCCACCGCACACCUCAAUCUCAUCUCCAAUCUUCUUGCUCGCCACCAGGAAGCCCUCAUUGGCCAGAGUUUCUAUGGGAAGCUCCAGACCCAGUCCCCCAAUGUGUGCCCCCACUCUCUGCUCAUCGAGCUCCUUACCUACCUCUGCCUGAGCUUCCUGCGCUCCUACUACCCGUGCUACCUGAAGGUCUCCCACCGAGACAUCCUUGGCAACCGGGACGUGCAGGUCAAAAGUGUCGAGGUGUUAAUCAGAAUCAUGACACAGUUGGUCUCAGUAGCCAAGGCUUCCGAAGGGAAGAAUGUGGAGUUCAUUCACAGCUUACUGCAGAGGUGCAAGGUGCAGGAAUUUGUUCUGCUCUCACUGUCGGCAUCCAUGUACACGAGUCAGAAGCGCUACGGGCUGGCUACUGCUGACCACAGCAGGGCCCUGCUGGAGGACAGCCUCUUUGAGGAAAGCCUUAUCAACUUGGGUCAAGAUCAGAUCUGGAGUGAGCACCCACUGCAGAUCGAGUUGCUCAAGCUCCUGCAGGUGCUGAUUGUCCUGGAGCACCACUUGGGACAAGUCCAAGAGGAGGCCGAGAACCAGCCAGACCUGUCCCGGGAGUGGCAGCGGGCCCUCAACUUCCAGCAGGCCAUCAGCGCCGUGCAGUAUGUGCAGCCCCACCCCCUCACCUCUCAGGGGCUGCUGGUCUCUGCGGUGGUGAGAGGGCUGCAGCCCGCCUAUGGCUAUGGCAUGCACCCAGCCUGGGUGAGCCUGGUCACACAUUCCUUGCCAUAUUUCGGGAAGUCCUUGGGCUGGACAGUGACACCCUUCGUUGUCCAGAUUUGCAAAAAUUUGGAUGAGCUGGUCAAACAGUACGAAAGUGAGUCUGUGAAACUCUCAGUCAGCACCACCUCCAAGCGGGAAAACAUUUCUCCGGAUUAUCCACUCACUCUUUUGGAAGGUCUCACAACCAUUAGUCAUUUUUGUCUUUUGGAACAACCCCACCAAAACAAAAAGACCACUGCCAUAAGUGAUCCAACCAACUUGCGAAAUGACAGAGAAGAACUGCCUCGAAUCGUUAAUACCAUGGCCCUUCUCUGGAAUGUUCUCAGGAAAGAAGAGACUCAAAAGAGACCCGUCGAUCUCCUUGGAGCCACAAAGGGAUCGUCUUCUGUUUACUUUAAAACCACCAAAACCAUAAGACAAAAAAUUUUGGAUUUCUUAAACCCCUUGACAGCUCAUCUUGGGGUUCAGUUAACAGCUGCUGUUGCAGCAGUGUGGAGCAGGAAGAAAGCUCAGCGUCACAGUAAGAUGAAGAUUGUCCCGGUGGCAAGUGCAUCGCAGCUUACCCUGGUGGACCUGAUCUGUGCACUCAGCACUCUGCAGACUGACACAGUGCUGCACCUGGCCAAGGAGGUGGUGAAGAGGCCACAGCAAAUCAAGGGGGAUGAGAAAUCACCCCUAGUGGAUAUUCCUGUGUUGCAGUUUUGCUAUGCUUUUAUCCAAAGACUCCCGAUACCAGCCUUGCAAGAGAACUUCCCUUCAUUGUUGGGAGUGUUGAAGGAGUCUGUACAGCUCAAUCUAGCUCCCCCUGGCUAUUUCCUCCUUCUCAGCAUGUUGAAUGACUUUGUAACAAGAACACCCAACCUGGAGAGCAAAAAGGAUCAAAAAGACCUGCAGGAAGUCACUCAAAAAAUCCUGGAAGCUGUGGGGAACAUUGCUGGCUCUUCCCUGGAACAAACCAGUUGGCUAAGCAGAAACCUGGAAGUGAAGGCCCAGCCUCAGGUUUCUCUGGAAGAAUCUGAUACUGAGGAAGAUUUGUACGAUGCUGCUGCAGCGGCUUCAGCAAUGGUGUCUGCAUCUGCCCCUUCGGUGUACAGCGUGCAAGCCCUCUCUCUCCUGGCAGAGGUUCUGGCUUCUCUUCUGGACAUGGUUUAUCGCAGUGAUGAGAAAGAGAAGGCAGUGCCGUUAAUCUCCCGUCUGCUUUAUUAUGUUUUUCCAUACUUACGCAAUCACAGUGCCUACAAUGCACCCAGCUUCCGGGCUGGAGCUCAGCUGCUGAGCUCCCUGAGUGGCUAUGCCUAUACCAAACGAGCCUGGAAGAAAGACGUCCUCGACCUGUUUUUGGACCCUGCCUUUUUUCAGAUGGAUACUUCUUGUGUUCAUUGGAAGUCCAUUAUUGACCAUCUCCUGACUCAUGAGAAAACAAUGUUUAAGGACUUAAUGAACAUGCAGAGCAGUUCUUUAAAACUCUUCUCCAGUUUUGAGCAGAAAGCCAUGCUGUUAAAGCGCCAGGCUUUUGCUGUCUUCAGUGGAGAACUUGAUCAAUACCACCUUUACCUACCGCUGAUACAAGAACGCCUGACAGACAAUCUCAGAGUUGGACAGACAUCCAUAGUUGCUGCUCAGAUGUUUCUUUUUUUCAGAGUUUUGCUGCUAAGAAUAUCUCCUCAACAUCUGACUUCAUUGUGGCCUAUAAUGGUCUCUGAAUUGAUUCAGACAUUCAUACAGCUUGAAGAAGAUCUGAAAGAGGAAGAUGAAUCAUUGAGAAAUAGCAACAAAAUGAACAGAAUGAAAGUUUCAGUCCCAGAUGGAAACGGGCUCUCGAUGGGGGAGAUACCCCAGAGUGAACUCAUCUUAUAUCUCUCUGCUUGCAAAUUCUUGGACACAGCACUUUCAUUUCCACCAGACAAGAUGCCAUUAUUUCAAAUUUAUAGAUGGGCUUUUGUUCCGGAAGUGGACACAGAGGGUCCUGCUUUCUUCUCUGAGCUAGAGGAGAAUCAUCAAGAAUGCAAACCCCACACCAUUAGGAUUCUAGAACUUCUAAAAGUAAAAUAUGGGGAAAUUAGCAGCUCAGAUGAGAUCACUGUGAAGAACGAAUUCCCCCUUCUGCGCCAGCAUUCCAUUUCCAGCAUUAGGCAGUUAAUGCCAUUCUUCAAGACUCUAAACUGUGCUUUUAAGACCCAAAGUCAGCUGCCUGCUGAUAACCUAGGAACUCUGUUCUUAGAGCUUCCUGUCACAGGGAGCCCAAAGGUCUUGAAACAACUGGAAGAAUGUGUGGAAUAUGACUUUUUGGAACACCCAGAAUGUUAACCUUUUAAGAGAGAAUUUGUUCGUUCAUUCAUUGAUACGUUAAUGAAAACCAGAAUGUGUUCUGACUGAGAAAGGAGCCUGGAUAGUGCUUUUAAAGAAGUCUGCUUCAAUUUUGAACAUAAUUUCAAAACAGUAACCAGAUCAUUUUUUUGUUCAGGAACAAAACACACCUCCCUAAAUCCUUGUAAUAUAUUUGGAUCUGAUUCUAUGUUUCUUCCUCAAUUUAUGUAAUGAAAAUAAAAUUAAUAUAUCAUCUAACAGUAUCA